UUUAGUUAUUCUGAAACUCGACGCGCGCACUUAUCAUUCUUUCGUAUUACAUUUCUCAACUUUGCAAUAAAUAAUGACCUCGAGUGUAGAUUCAAAGCAUACCGAAUUAAACGGCGAGUUAUCUUCAUGUCCGUACAAAAAGUAUAAAAUGGAUAAUAAUAGAGUGACUGUUGUUUUGGGUGCUCAAUGGGGAGACGAGGGCAAGGGAAAAGUUGUGGAUUUAUUAGCUUUAAAUUCAGACGUCGUUUGCCGCUGCCAGGGUGGCAAUAAUGCUGGACACACGGUCGUGGUCAACGGCAAGGAGUUUGAUUUUCAUUUAUUGCCGAGUGGCAUCAUCAACCAGAAAUGCACCUCUGUAAUCGGUAAUGGCGUAGUGAUCCACCUGCCUGGCCUCUUUGAGGAGUUGAAGAAGAACGAGCUGAAGGGCAUGGAAGGAUGGAAGGAUCGGCUCAUCAUUUCAGAUCGUGCGCAUUUGGUGUUCGACGUUCACCAGCAGGUGGACGGCCUUCAAGAAGCAGAAAAAGGGAAAAACUCUUUAGGGACAACUAAAAAGGGCAUUGGGCCGACUUACUCAUCUAAAGCCAGUCGUAACGGCAUUAGAAUUGGUGACCUGCUUGGCGACUUCAGUAUAUUUGAGGAGAAAUUCAGAACUCUCACGGACAAUUACAAACGCAUGUUCCCGUCUCUGGAGGUGGAUGUUGACAGUGAACUGGUCAGGUAUCGCAAGUAUGCUGAGCAGAUCCGACCAUUGGUGCGAGACACCGUGUCUUACUUGCACAAGGAGAUCAGAAAUGGAAAGAAGGUGCUAGUGGAGGGCGCCAACGCCGCCAUGUUGGAUAUUGACUUUGGUACAUAUCCGUAUGUGACGUCAUCGAACUGCAGUAUCGGCGGCGUAUGCACCGGGCUAGGGUUGCCGCCGAGCGUCAUUGGCGACGUGCUGGGCGUAGUGAAGGCGUACACCACGCGCGUGGGCGACGGGCCUUUCCCCACGGAACUACAUGACGAGACGGGGCAGCUGCUGCAGUCGCGCGGGCAUGAGGUGGGCGUGACGACGCGGCGGGUGCGGCGGUGCGGCUGGCUCGACCUGGUCGUCGUGCGGUACACCGCCCUCGUCAACGGUUACACCUCCUUGUGCUUGACCAAGUUGGACAUCCUAGAUACAUUGAAGGAGAUCAAGAUCGGCGUAGCGUAUAAGUCAAAUGGAAAGAAAAUUGACUAUUUCCCCUCUUCAAUGGCUGAGCUUAGCAAAGUAGAGGUGGAGUAUGUGACAGUACCGGGCUGGGCGUGCAGUAUAGAGGAUGUUCGGAAAAUGGACAAGUUGCCGGAACAGGCGAGGAACUAUGUCAAGGUCAUCGAAGACUACCUGCAAAUACCUGUUAAAUACAUCGGCGUCGGUCAAGGUCGGGAGUCCAUCAUCAAUGCGGAUUAACACAGGCGGAUAUGACGUCACUUUCCGAUAAUAUUAAUUCAGUUAAUAACGAUACUUAAUUAAGCGCCGUUGUAGCGAGUUAGUUGAAUGCGCAGAAGUAAAUCGGGGGAUAAAGGCUUCUAUAGUAUUGUUUGGGCUUGCGCAGAUGGAUUACAGAUUUCAGCUUACCUGAUUCUAACUUGUCAACGUACUUUUGGUAUAAAGAACAUUAUGUGCAUCAAAAAUAUACUGAAAAGUUAAAUAUAAAAAUACAAAGUGCUAGAGACCAUUUUUUUCUUUGUAAAAAAGGUGUUUCUUUUUUUUAUUUUUAUUAAGGUGAGAAUAUUUAGUUUCAAUGUCUUGUGCACGUCACGAAAUGUAAUUUUUUUACUUUGAUGUAAGAAAAAGUAUUUCCAAGGCAACUACCAUCUGUGCAAGCCUUUAUUUGUUUAAGCGUAUUGAACUCUAUUUGAACGAUGUAAAGCACAAAUUCAAUGUUUGUUUUGUAGAAAAAAAAAAACAUAUAUUAAUAGUGAUAUAAAGUCCGACUUAAUAUAAAUCUUAUGCAUUGAAGAUAGAGUUUAAUAUAGUACUAAUUAUACCACAAAGUGGUUUCGAGUAAGCAAUAAAGAUUUAACAGAUUUAUACGCUUUUUUUUUGUUUGUUCAAUAGUAUUUAGAUUUACUUCUGCGUUAAUAAAAUAUAAUAAUAACUAUUAAUGCUAUUAAUGACGACAUUGAACUUAAAAAGUAUGUAGGUAAGCUUCAGUUUGGAUUGGAGAAAUAAAUGGUAGGCACGGGUAAUGUCCGUACCAUUUAUCUAUAUAUUAGAUAUUCCAUUGGGCAUUGACGGCGUAAAAGGGUCAUCAUCCAUUUGGACAUCGCCCAUAUCAGUGGGAUAUUUAUGUUCAUUUUGAUCAGGUGUCUCAUUUCGAUAUUAUAUAUUGGAUAACAGCUAUAUAUAUAUUGCUACAACAAUAUAUAUUGCUGUAUAUUACCCAUCCUUAACAAAUAGUAUUAUGGGACAAGUUAGUCUUAUGAAAAUUUUUUGGUAUUGAACAUACAAGUCUGAGAGAUAGCAGCAUUGGCGUAUUCAAGAGUGAUCCAGGUGGUCUGUGCUCACCCUAGUAUUAGCUGGUACCCAGAUUUAUUCUGAACCUAGAGAGGAUCCGUGCAAAGCGUUCAGCUAUUCGCAAAGGUAUCUCUGAGAGUAAAUAUAUGUACCUAUUUCAACCGGCUUCAAAAAGAAAUUUUCAAUUCGGUUGUAUUUAUUUUUUAUGUUUAUUACCUCAUAAUUCAAUCAGUUCUAAACCGAUUUGGAAAAUUCUUUUUUUUUUUGUCUGAAAGGAUAUACUUACAGAGUGGUCCCAUGAAGAUUUUAUCAAAAUCGGUCGAGUAGUUUAACUUUUAAAUUAAAAUAACUGGUUUUGUCACAGUUGAAGUCUGUUUUUUUUUUGUGGGAUCACUAAUUAUUAUAGAACAAGGAAUGGGAGAAUAAUCUUGAAUACAUCAAUGUAAAAUGUUCCUAGUAAUCGUAAGUGUCAAUAAUAAAUUAACCAGACUGAUUGUUAUUAAAAUUUCAAAAAUGUAGCAAUCAGUUUUUUAUACUUAAUAGACACCUCGUCCCACGCGUAUUUCUGACGUUAAUUAACUAUGUACAUGGCUAUUUGAAGGACAUAAUAGUGAAAUUAUUGGAUAUAGAAGCGUUAUGGCAAUGCACGAAUGGUACCACGAUGCAUUCUGUAACAUAUAUGGUGCUGUUUAUUUAUAUCCACAGGUGAUGGCUACCACUUUUUAAGGGAUGAUAGCUUGCUUGCCAUUUUAAUAUGUAUAAAUAAAUCAGCCAGUAUUCUGUAAUUAAUUAAUGAGAAUUUAUAACAAUUCCUAAAAGGAACAAGUAGUCACUAUUCUGUUGAGUAUAACAGAUGCAGAAAUGCUUAAUAUUAAUUUGAAAAUUGUAUCAGUUAUAAAUUAAAUAUAUCUACGUACAGUGUAUCUAUUAUUGUGUGUGAUUCAUAUAGUUUUAACUAGUAUAGUGUCCAGCCCUCUGUAAUAAGUGGCGAACUAAUGUAGCGGUGGAUACGUUAUGGCAUUGGAGAGAAAGAGGAAGACUCUGCAAUUUUCUGUCUUGUUUUAUCCUGGGGCAUACGUGCUGCAAUGAAAAUGUAUCUAUCAAUACAUUGGUUCAAUUGUCUGGGUACAUGUAUAAAUUGAUAUCAUUGGUGAAUAGAUUCUAUGAGUUUUAUGAAAAACAUUUCCCGAUCCGAACUGUUGAUAAUUGUUGUUGGUAAAUGGCAAAUGUUUUUACCAAACAGCCAAAUGGAAUUGUACAGAACAGAUUCUUUGGAAUGCUCCCGUUUAUAACCUACAUCAGUAUUGUCUUUAGAUAAAUAGUAGACAAUGUAUUGGAAGUCUCUCCUUUUAUUAUUUUGCUCAUCGAAUGCUGCCUUACCGUUAUAAAACAAAUAUUUAAUUGAAAUUCACGAUUGGGACUUAAUGCGAUACGAUUACAGGUAAAUAGUACGUACAUAUCUGAUUUAAUUUUUAUGUUUAUUAAAAUUUAGCUAUUUAAUUUUAUCAACUAUGUUACGAUUGUUUCAAAAUAUUCCCUAGAUGUAAACACGAAGUAAAGGGAACUGUAAUUAUAUAUGUGUAUUCACAAUAAUUACUGAUAUUUGUAACUAAUAGCAAUGCUUGGGCGCACUGAUGCGUCCGCAUCAUAAGCCAUAAUAGAGGUAAUUUAUAUUACCCCAAUAUGUUGAUAUAAUUUGGUAUUUUGUUUUUUAUACUUAAUUUUUACGGGAAAGGCUGGAAUGUUUGGUUUACAAUACCAAAGUGUAUAACUGUAAUUUUUUUUUAUAUUUUUUUAAAACCGGUUUUAUAUGCUUAUCGUAAUAUUGGUGCUGAAUAUAACUGUUUUCAUUGAAUAAGUUGGUAACAUAUUUCUAUUAAGGAAAUUAGAAAUAAAUUCACGUGUAUUGUUAUUGAACAAUAAUUUAUAUAUAUUUUAUUAACCAGAGCCAAUUAAAAGAAAUAUGUUAUUGGCGAACACGGAUUUGUUUAUAAUAUCGAAUAAAAAUAAUAUUUGUAAAUUAUUUUUGCCGUGACAUUUGUGAUUUUCUCAUGUGUAUGAUUAAUUGAAUAAUUUUGUUUCAUUCUGUUUAUAAUGAGUAAUGGAUGGCAACACUAAUACGAAUAGCAAUCCGACGUUUAAAAUUAAGAGCAAGCUGUACUAAGUACUUAUUAUUUCCAAUCGCCGCAAGUUUCAUUGGUGUCCCUUAUAACAACUAUUGUCUAUGGUGCAUUUCUAUAAUAAUACUUAGGUAAUUAAUAAACCAAUAAAUAAUAUUUGUGACUUUUUACUUUUUACAUAGCACAAAUAACGUUUUGAAAUGAGUUAUAAAUUUUCUUUCUUUUAUACGUUCUUAUUACUAACUGUAAUCAAUUUUUAAUUUGAUUUUUUUUUGCUUGUUUUUUUUUUUUCUAUUACUUUGACAGUGGAUAAAUCGAAUGAAGUUUAAUUAGUUAUUAGUUUUAGCGGAAAUUCUCAUUCCAAAGAUCUUUUAUUAAUUCCCGUAGCCACUUACAUUGUUUAGUAAACAACUUUUUUUAUUUGCUUUUACAGUUUCUGUGAGGUGUUUUUUGUGAUAUCUAUGUUAUAUUAAUGUAAAUAUUUCAAUACAGUUAUUAUACCAAUAAAUGAUGGUUUAUUCUUUUAGAA